AUGAUUAUACCUUAUAUAAGAAAGGGAGAGAAAGAUGGAAGCGGUGAAAAGGGUAGUGUUUGUGUGACAGGUGGAACAGGGUAUGUAGCAUCGUUGAUCAAGAAGCUACUUGAAAAUGGUUACAGGGUUCGAACUACAAUUAGAUCUUAUAACCCAGAUAACAAGAAAGACCUUAGCUACCUCACAGACUUGCCCGGUGCAUUAGAAAGGCUUCAAAUUUUCAAUGCAGAUCUUGCCCUUCCAGAAAGUUUUGAUGCAGCUAUCCAAGGCUGCAUCGGAGUCUUCCACGUUGCUCACCCCAUUGAUUUUGAGGACAAAGAGCCCGAAGAAGUCAAGGUCCAGAGAGCAAUCAACGGCACCCUCGGCAUUUUAAAAGCAUGCCUUGAUUGGAAGACAGUGAAACGAGUUGUAUACACUUCUAGUUCAUCCACUGUUUUGUUUAAUGACAAGGGUUUAGAUGUUUUGGACGAGAGUGACUGGAGUGAUUUAGAUUAUAUUAGAUCCUUGAAGAUUUAUGGAGCUUCAUACAUGAUUUCCAAGACCUUAACUGAAAAAGCUGCUCUAGAGUUUGCUGAAAAGCAUGGAUUGGAUCUUGUUACUGUAAUUCCUACUUAUAUCCAUGGACCCUUCAUUUGUCCUCGUUUGCCCGGUUCAGUACACUCUUCAAUGGCUAUGAUCCUCGGCAACAAAGAUCAAUACAAGCAUCUUACUAAAGUGGAAAUGGUGCACAUUGACGAUGUUGCCAGUGCACAUAUCUUCCUUCUUGAAUAUCCUGAUGCAAAAGGGAGGUAUGUUUGUUCGGCAGUUAGAGUAACAAUCGAUAACAUGGCUGAAUUUCUAUCAGCCAGAUACCCAGAAUAUCCAAUACCAACACCCGAAUCCUUGAAAGAAAUUGAAAGAUUCACAUUGUCUGACCUAUCAUCGAAGAAGCUUUUGGAUACUGGGUUCAAGUAUAAGUAUGGCCUUGAAGAAAUGUUCGAUGGGGCGAUUCAAUGCUGCAAAGAGAAGGGUUUUCUCUAGUUUUAUGUUUUUGGCACGAGUUCUUAAAAUCUCUUUUUAUAACGUUGUAAACUAAGAACACUUAUCAAGCUGAAAGUGUUGGUUUGGUUGAGGCGCUCUCUUUACUUGUUGUGAUGCCCUGGUUCGAGUCUCACCAGCUUUGUGAUACAACUUUCCCUAUCCCUAAUACUCUCCUCCUAUUGAUAAAUAAACAAAUAAAAACUGAAAACACUUUUUUGUUUGUGUUGUGUCAAAUGUUACGUUUUUUGAGAACUCUAUUUGGAUUGAGCAUGUGUAUAUGUACAGAGAAAUCAG